GUGGUUUCCAGUCUAUUACUCCCUCCGUGGUCAUGGUUUGUGGGCUGAGAAAAAGGGAGCUUUUUAUUGAGCUUAAAUUUCUUUACUGCACAGGUUAUUGUCGUAUUAAUCUCAGUGGAGUGCAAAUGAAGAAAUGUGGUGUUAAUGAACUGCAAGCUUGAAAACCCAAGAUGAAAACAUAAAAUUUUUAUUCACAGACACCAGAUUGUUGAAGAAAAGCGAAGGGGGAGUCUGAUGCAAUGGGUAACUAUCAGCUGAGUCCACUCUACUCGCCAUAAACGCCUGGCCCAUGAUUGCCACAGCCACUGUGGGUUAUCUCCUGUGGUGACUGCAGACUCAAGAGUUUUCCUCCCUGCUACAUCUAAAGACCCACGGAUCUCACCAUUCCUCCAGUCUCUUGCAUUCACCCCCUUUUUUUUCCCCCUCUUCCCUCGUUCUCCUGCUUCCAAUUACUCUCUGAACCCCUGUGAAGACCUACCAGUCGAGACAGAAUGGAGGACACUUACAAUAACAGGACUUCCCUAGUUAAGGGGGCCAAGGACAUGGUCAAGGAGGCCAAGCGGCACACGGCGAAGAAGGUCAACAAGGUGGUUGACCGUGCCACAGAUGAGUACUCGGCUCACCACAACUACAGCCGGUUCCAGGACGAGGAGGACGAAGACGCGGAUUUCUACCGGAACCCCCCGAAGCAGGACGGCGAGAGCUACCAUGAGAACGAAGAGGGCUCCAGCGACGCCACGGAGGGCCACGACGAUGAAGACGAAAUAUACGAAGGGGAAUACCAGGGGAUCCCCUCAGACAAGAAGCGCAAGGAGGGCCAUGUGGCGCUGGGACAGCCGGUGUCAGAUGCCACAAGGGACCGUAGCGAGCUGGAGCAGGAGAGGCAGGCUGACGAAGAGGAGCUGGCCCAGCAGUACGAGCUGAUCAUCCAGGAGUGCGGCCACGGGAGGUUCCAGUGGCAGCUGUUCCUGGUGCUCGGGCUGGCGCUCAUGUCAGACGGGGUGGAGGUGUUCGUGGUGGGCUUUGUGCUGCCCAGCGCAGAGACAGACAUGUGUGUGCCGAACUCCAGGUCAGGAUGGCUAGGCAGCGUCGUUUACCUGGGCAUGAUGGUCGGAGCGUUCUUCUGGGGAGGGAUGUCUGACAAAGUGGGCCGCAGGCAGUGCCUCCUCAUUUGCAUGUCCACGAACGGCUUCUUUGCCUUCCUGUCGUCUUUCGUCCAAGGAUACGGCCUCUUCCUGCUUUGCCGUCUCGUCGCAGGAUUCGGGAUAGGAGGUGCUGUGCCCAUAGUUUUCUCCUUCUUUGCGGAGGUGUUGUCCCGGGAGAAAAGAGGAGAACACCUCAGCUGGCUCUGUAUGUUCUGGAUGAUUGGAGAGAUCUAUGCAUCCGCCAUGGCCUGGGCCAUCAUACCGCACUACGGCUGGAGUUUCAGUAUGGGUUCAGCGUACCAGUUCCACAGUUGGAGGGUGUUUGUCGUCGUCUGUGCGCUGCCCUGCGUUUGUGCGGUGGUGGCACUCACUUUCAUGCCUGAGAGCCCCAGGUUCUACCUCGAGGUGGGGAAGCAUGAUGAAGCCUGGAUGAUCCUCAAACAGAUCCACGACACCAACAUGAGAGCGCGUGGGCAACCGGAGAAAGUCUUCACCGUAAACAGGAUCAAAACCCCCAGACAGCUCGAUGAACUGGUUGAAAUGGAGUCAGAGUCUGGCAACCCAGUUUCCAAGGCGUUUUUUAGGAUAAAGGCUGAAAUACAUGGGAUCUAUGUGAACCUUAUGAAGUGCUUCAACUACCCUAUGCAAGAAAACAUGAUGCGACUGGCCAUAGUGUGGUUCACGUUGUCUUUCGGGUAUUACGGCUUGUCAGUCUGGUUCCCUGACGUCAUCAAACACCUUCAGGCAGACGACUACGCCUCCAAGGUGAAGAUCUACACUAACGAACGCAUUGAAGGCUUCACCUUUAACUUCACCCUGGAGAACCAGAUUCACAAGAACGGCCUCUUCAUUAGUGACCAAUUCAUCACCAUGAAGUUGAAGUCCGUCACCUUCGUCGACUCGACCUUUCGUAACUGCUACUUUGACGACGUGACGUCGGUGGGUUCUUUUUUCCGCAACUGCACGAUCAUUGACGGAUUCUUCUACAACACAGAUAUUGAUGAUUCCAAGUUGGUUGAUGGCACAGAGGUCAUCAACAGCACCUUCACCCACAACAAGACGGGGUGCCAGAUGACCUUUGACGAUGACUACAGUGCCUACUGGGUUUACUUCAUCAACUUCUUGGGGACUCUGGCUGUUUUGCCCGGCAACAUUGUGUCCGCGCUCCUCAUGGACAAAAUUGGACGUUUGUCCAUGUUAGGGGGCUCCAUGGUCCUUUCAGGCAUCAGCUGCUUCUUCUUGUGGUUUGGCACCAGCGAGUCUAUGAUGAUUUUCAUGUUGUGCCUUUACAACGGUCUGAGUAUCUCUGCCUGGAACUCACUGGAUGUGGUCACCACUGAGUCAUUCCCUACAGUCCGGAGGGGAACAGGCUUUGGCUUCUGCAAUGCCCUCUGUAAGCUAGCUGCCGUCCUCGGAAACCUGAUUUUUGGUUCCCUCGUUGGCAUCACAAAGGCCAUCCCUAUCCUCAUGGCCUCGUCUGUGCUCGUUGGAGGAGGACUGGUUGCGCUCCGGUUGCCAGACACGCGGGCAAAUGUCCUCAUGUAACACCAACGCGGCAUCUGUCUCCUGGGAUAAAACCUGAAGGGGUGAGUCCUAUAGGACGCCCAGCGAGUAUUUUGAGUAAGGAGUGCAAGUGGCUUGGUUCAUACAUAUCUUAUUAUUAGUCACAUUUCUAAUAUAACUCGAGUAAGAUAGCAACCCACAGCGUAUUUCAUCAAACAGAUCAGAUCCUUGUGAGGCAAUUACGAGCUCAGACAAUUUAUAAAAGAAUUUUCUGUCUCUGUUUCACGUGACCAAGACGAAAAUUCACCCAAAUUUUUGGUGCUCAGGAUUCGGCAGAGUUGAACUUUCCGGCUGCAGUCACCUGGAGACGCAGCACGGUUAAAGUUCAAGGCUUUUUAAUAUUGAUACAAUCUUAUUAAGACGCGGCAGAUGGGAAGGGAACCGAAAAACAAGCUGUAAUGAGCACGGCCAACCUGCUGUGUGACGACACGGGGAAUAGAUGAUCAGACAGCGAGGACUCAUGACACAGCUGCAUGGCAGCUGGCUCGCCCACAGGACCCACUCACAGAACACAAGACAUGUGUGCAGAAAGCCAGAAAAUAGAAACACCUUAAAAGCCAUGUGCAUAUACGCGACACACACGUAUAGAUACUGUUUAUUUCCUGCCGCACCAUUGCACUCUACACACGAUUGUGUAUUUUGAUCUGUGUGACAUUUGUCCAGGCAUCUGCAACCUUUUCAAAGUAGAUCAUUUACAAAGGAGACCAAGCUCUUUGCAUUACCUACUCAACCAAGAAUCAAAAGGCCAUACUGAAAUACUGUAUUUUACUGUUCCAAUAAUUGUAUGUUCUGCUGAAUCCGAGGAUACUACUUUUUGUUGUUUUCUGUCUUAUUGUGGAAGUUGCAAUGACGAAUUGUUCAUUUCUGUCCAAAUGCUGUUAUUCCACGCCUUGUUCCGUGAUCCCAUUAAAGGCUCUCCGACGAGUUCUCCUUCUCCUUUAGCUUUGUGUUGUGUCCUGCUUGUGGCAGUAACAUGUCCCGCUGCUUCCUUUCAAACAUGCUGAAUGGCCUUUUUAAAUGUGCCUCUCCUUGACUGGAGCAGUCUGCCCAUAGUCAUGUGCUGUCCAAAGGUUAUACGCAACAGACGACAGAAACUGAACAGGGAGUAAAAAUAGUGAUAAAGUAGUGAUCUAAUUCUUUCGUAUGUGUAUCUGUGAUAUGUGGCAGAUGAGGUGUGAACCCACAUUUGGUCCAAACGUCAUUUUGUUUUUGUUGGAUAUACUUAUUUGGCUUUUAUUCUUGUGAUAUCAUACUCAUUUCCUAUAAUAAUAGUGUAAUAACAAUGUGAUCAGCCGUACAUGCUGACUACAUAUAACUACAAAGUAAUAACGAUGAUCCUCAGUUUUUGGGGGCCCCAGACAAAGUGUAAACUAGCAAAUUCUGAUAUAAUAUAAUAUAGAAUAGAUGGAGAAGUGCCCUGGGGAGGGCUCUGGAGUACUGUUGAUGCACUAUAGGGACUUCAUAGGUUUAAGGAGGUUCAUUGUCAUUGUAAAAUAUGCUAAAACUUUUUCAAUUUUCCCUCAAAAUUGUCCCUUUUAUUUGCCUGUACUGAUAACAAUCACCUAUUUAUGAGGCAUAAUUAGUGCCAUCCAAGAUGAAAAUGUCCUUUUUUUUCUAUAUUGUACCUUAAAUGAUUUUGAAUUAACUCGGCUCAAACCUCAAACUUAUGAAACCUAUAGAAAACCAGUUAAUAAAAGUAACCUCCAUCACGUAUUUAUUGUGACUUACCAAGUUAUUAUUUAUUUUUUUAAAUCUAAAAAUUCUAGUUUUGUCAAAAUCUACUUGUACUUAUAAAAGUGAUCCAUUUUGUCUUUUAGCAUUGGGACCUCAAUGCACACUGUUUAAGAUUUAAAAAAUAAAAUCAUGCUGUUAUUUUCGACAUGUACAAAACCUCUUAAAAUCAAAACUGAUACAGCUCUCAGAUACAUAAAUAUAUAUAUAUAAAUCAUAUGAAUUCCUUUGCUCUCAGUCGUGUUUAAUUUGUGCCUGUGGACUGUAUUUUACGUGGCUGUUAGCGUCAUCUCCUCCUGCAUCCCUCCGUGUCUGUGCUGCCCGUGACUGCGGCGUAGACGUGGCUUCCCGCUGCGCCGCAGUCGGCUCGCUCACAGCUACCCCGAAAGAAAACAAAUAUAUGCACUGUAUGUGUGCGGCGUCCAUUUCCACAGACCCUACCCUCGUCCCCAGAUUUUAUAAAAAUCCGUUGGGAAGACAUAGUGAAGUGUGCUGCUAUUGCGCAAGAUAUUUUUUGACCAUAUUAUUUAAAUAUUUUUGAAACAAGAGUGUGACAUACAGAUUUUAAAUGAAAAGUUGUAGGUAGGUUUCGCCCCAAUGCUAUUUGCUGCUGUCAGUGGCAAGAAUAUCAGAAGGAUGAACUCUAAAUAUGUUAAAACCAUAGCUAGUGGCAGACCUACCUGUUGUAUUGAGCAGAGAUAAUAUUACCUGUCAUGCUGGAGGUCGUUGGGAUAUGUCUUAAAUGUACUGUAUUUUUGUGAGCAUGUGUGAGAGAGAGCGUGAGUAUCGUAUGUGUGGCUGUGUGGACGCAUUCCUGUAAAUAAUCUGUAUAUAUUUAAAGCUGAUAUUGGUGAAGUUCUGGGUUAAGUGUAUAAAAGCUCCUUGAUUGACUCAUGUGUCUCCUGCUUUGUCCAAGCGAUAAGUCCAUCUGCUGUAUCUCUGUUGUACAUCUUCGUGUGUCCUGGGCUUUCACCCGCUACUCUGUGUGUGCGUGCGUGUGUGUACACAAACUUGCAUGUAUGUAAGAAAACUUCUUUUGUGCUCAACUUUGUGUUCUUACUGUAAAUUCCUCUGGCAGAAAAAAAACAACAAAAAACGAGGGCAAUAUUUCAAUUUUCGUUGAGGGAAAAAUGUGAAUGUAUCACUCUCGUAAGUUCUGUUCAUCCAUUUUAUGGAGGUAGUCAAAUGUACGUGGACAAUAAAGUUGUGAAUAUUAUUGUGAAGGGCCUGCUAGUCAAGUGAUGACUGACCUGUAUGUUCAGGGGUCCAUAUGUGUGGAAAAAAUGUGAAGAAAUAUUUGCCAAAUGAUGCCCUGUGAGUACUGUUACAGGAACUGGAAAAGCAGGGAUGCAGACUGUGCUGCUUUUGAACAUAUAGAAUAAAAGUUAUGUUCUCUAGCAAA